AUGUCUCGGGCGCUCGCUCGAUGCCAAAAAGAUCGUGGUAUGAUGCUCGACCCAACCGCGAGCGCCACGAAGCCACCGAGCCAUGGCGUAACAGAGUCUCAGCCAGCCGGCGGUGACACCGCCUCGUGGUGGUCAGUGGCGGACAAUCUGUGGUUGGGCUGCCCGACGCCAAGGGCAGCCGCCUUCAUAGACAAUGUCCCCGAUUGCAAGAUGUAA